AUGACUUCAAGUGUCGCGCGAAGCUCGAAAGGCAGCAUUAAGAAAAUUCAAGGACCAAUAGUGGCAAUCACGGUCGGGGCAUCAAAGGAACCCUUUCAUGUGCACGAAUCAAUCAUCUGCAAUUCUUCGCUCUUCUUCAAAACGGCCAUGUCAGGGUCUUGGAAGGAAUCCAAGGAACACACUUUCAAGCUCCCGGAAGAUGACCCCGAAAUCUUUGCUCUAUAUUUGCACUGGCUUUACUUCGCCGAAAUCCCCGUGAUGCUUGAAAAAUAUGCAGCGAAGGAAGAAGCAGCAAGGCACCGUUACAAGGAGUACCAUAAUUUCGUCGAUGCAUAUGUGCUCGGUGACAAGUUGCUCGAUGGCAAGUUUCAGAAUUCAAUCAUCGAUGCAAUUCUCGAGAUGUGUUCUACGCCUGAUGCACACGAUGGAAGGAAAUACUAUCCUAGUAUGGCGGUGAUCAAGCAUGCAUACAUAGUUACGACCGAGUCUGCCGGAAUUCGCAAACUGUUUGUGGAUUUGUUUGUGAACACUGCAGCAGCUAAGUGGCUCAGCAGAGAACUUCCAGCGGAAUUUCUCUAUUCGGUUGCUGAAGGCCUCAUGAUUAAAAGAACCUCGUAUGGUGGGCCAAUCAAAGCAUCCCAGUAUUAUGCUAAGCCCUCGUUAUUCUAA